AAGCGUCGUUAUCGCCGUCCCACACUGCUCCUCCGCACUGAAUAGCUCGCCUAUUUCUCAUUGGCUAUUAUUUAUACGCGACAUGGCGGCUGGCGUAGGAAAUCACUUUAGCGGAGCUGUUCUCCUCACCAACCUAGACGACUUUAUCACACCUUCACAGCAAUGUGUAAAACCUUUGAAUAUUGAGAAAAAGACUGGCAAAGUUGGUAAGAUCAAGAUUGAAGAUGAUGGAAGCUACUACGAAGUUAGCACGUCAGGUGAAGCUAAUAAAUUGAAGAAAGCAAAAAUCACAUUGAAUGAUUGCCUUGCCUGCAGUGGAUGUAUCACCUCAGCAGAAAGUGUACUCAUCUCACAGCAAAGUUCUGAGGAAUUAUACAAAGUCUUGGAGCAGAAUUCUGCCAUUCAAAAGGGAGAACAAUCUGCUAACGAGAAACUCGUUAUCGUCUCAAUAUCACCACAAUCUCGAGCUUCAUUGGCAGCAAACUAUAAACUUUCUUUGGAAGACACCGCUAAGAAAUUAACAGCCUUUUUCAAAGGUUUAGGUGUUGCUUACAUCCUUGACACAACAUUUUCAAGAAAUUUCAGUUUAAUUGAGAGUGCUCAAGAAUUCCUUCAUCGCUACAAGACUGCCAACAUCAAACAAAGUCCAUUCCCCAUGUUGACCUCAGCUUGUCCAGGAUGGAUCUGCUAUGCCGAAAAAACCCACGGAUCAUUUAUUCUCCCUUAUAUCAGCACAACAAAAUCUCCACAGCAAAUCAUGGGAUCCUAUGUGAAAGACUUGUUUGCCAACCUACACGGCAAGAGGCCCAGUGAUGUCUACCAUGUCACCGUGAUGCCAUGCUAUGAUAAAAAGCUGGAAGCUUCACGCCAAGACUUCUACAAUGACCUCUACAGCACCAGAGAUGUUGAUUGUGUUAUCAGCACUGAUGAAGUAGAUAAAAUGUUCCUGAAGGAGAAUGUGUUGUUAGCAGAGAUACCAUCAAUGGAACUUGAUCCUAUAUGUCCUGGUGAUGCCCCGCACGAGUUAGUUACCCAUGCAGGAGGUGGGUCUGGAGGUUUUCUCAACUAUAUACUCAGAAUGGCUUCCAAAGACUUGUUUGGCAAAGAUCUCGAGGAACUGGAAUUAAAAACAUUACGAAACAACGACUCUAAAGAAAUCACAGUAACUUCAGAAGAUGGGAAAGAACUGAAGUUUGCCAUUGCUUAUGGAUUCCGAAACAUCCAAAAUAUUGUCCAGAAGAUUAAGCGAGGCAAGUGCCCAUACCAUUUUGUAGAAAUUAUGGCCUGUCCCUCUGGCUGUAACAAUGGUGGGGGGCAAAUCCGAGCUGCCUCCGCCACACAAGAAAUGGCAAAGAGCACAUUCUUACAAGUUGAAGAACUUUACAACUCUAUUGACCUGAUUGAACCCACAGAGGUUGAAGAUGUUCAGAAACUGUACACUGAGUGGCUUGGAGGGCACGACUCCGAGAAAUGCGCCUCCAUGCUUCACACCCAGUACCACCAUAUAGAAAAAAAUACAAAUGUUUUAAAUCUUAAAUGGUAGAAAAUGUUUCAACUAUAAAAUAAAUUAAUUAAUGUUUUAAUUAUUUAAUCAGAUUUGGUCGGGUGGAUAUAGUUGAUUAACUUGAUCCCAGUGCUUGAUUGGUAUUUUAUUUUAUCAAUCCUUGAAGAAUGUAAGUGGGAUUUGAACUCAGAAUGUGAAGAGCCUUAACGAAUGCUUUAAUACAUUUUGUCUGACACGCUAACGAUUCUACCAAUUUACAGUCCUUAAUGAUAUAUUCUAACAUGGGCACAAGGCUACAAAUUUGGAGGGACAGCUUAAUUGAUUAAAUUAACCCUGACUUCACAACUGGUACUUUAUAUUAUUAAUUCUGGGACCUUUGGAAAUAUGCUGUGCUUGAGAAGACUUGGCAAGCUCAAGUGAGACCAUAACCUUGUGGCCUAU